AUGAAGCUUUGUCAAGCCAUAAUGGAUAUGGAUAUGCCAGAUUAUGUCGAAUCCCUGGACUCCUCUUACACCAUGCUGGAGUUUGAAAACCUGCGGGUGCUGCCAACUAACACGGAAGCCAUACCAGCAGAGUCGACAAAUGCCAGCCUGCUUGCCAAUGGCAUCAGCUCCUUGUGCUCCAUCUGUGGGGAUCGAGCCACUGGGAAACAUUACGGGGCUUCCAGCUGCGAUGGCUGCAAAGGGUUCUUCCGAAGAAGUGUCCGCAAGAAUCAUGUCUAUUCGUGCAGGUUCAGCAGACAGUGCGUGAUAGACAAAGACAAGAGAAACCAGUGCAGGUACUGCCGGCUGAAGAAGUGUUUCAGGGCCGGGAUGAAGAAAGAAGCUGUGCAGAAUGAACGGGACAGGAUUAGCAUUCGCAGGAGUAGCUACGAGGACAAUGGAUCCCUGUCAAUCACUGUACUGACCCAGGCUGAGGCUAUGGCACAGCAGUACUCAGCUCUGAGUCCAGUGCACAGUGCUGAUAUUGCGAUGAAGAAGGUUGCAACCAUCAAUGAUGUGUGUGAGUCCAUGAAACAGCAGCUUUUAGCCCUUGUCGAAUGGGCGAAAUAUAUCCCAGCAUUCUGUGAACUUCCACUGGAUGACCAGGUUGUCUUGCUAAGAGCCCAUGCAGGAGAGCACCUACUCCUGGGAGUUGCUAAACGGUCAAUACCGUAUACAGAUUUUCUAUUAUUAGGAAAUGAUUUCAUCAUUCCAAUGCACUGCCCAGAACUGGAAAUUGCUCGCGUAGCCAUUCGAAUCCUGGAUGAGUUGGUAAAGCCCUUACGUGACAUCCAGGUUGAUGACAAUGAGUAUGCGUGCCUCAAAGCAAUCAUAUUUUUUGACCCAGACUGUAAAGGCCUGAGCGAGCCUGGGAAGGUGAAGAACAUGCGAUUCCAGGUGCAGGUCAACCUGGAGGAUUACAUCAAUGACCGGCAGUACGACUCUCGAGGGCGGUUCAGCGACAUUCUUCUCCUCCUGCCGCCACUCCAGAGCAUCACCUGGCAAAUGAUAGAGCAGGUCCAAUUCAUGAAACUCUUUGGCGUGGCGAGGAUUGACAGCUUGCUGCAAGAAAUGCUUCUGGGAGGUACGACCCCACUGAGACCCUCUUUCUUACCUGCAUGCCUUGAAAACCGAACCACUCUUGAUGUACAGUACCAAUCAGGACCUUCCAACCUCGACCUGGAGCCUCUGUCAGGACACGCAGCUUUAACAAACAUGAGUUCUGUGAUUCACACAGUUCCAAACCCAUCUCCAGAAACAUCCCUUCCUUCUCCGUCUACCAGCACAGGAAGCGAAGACUACAAACUAGGCCCAACCGCAGGGCCAGAGGCCGUUGUGAAAAUACUGCCUCAGACCAUCGUACCCAAGCAAGAGAUUUUAUAA